AUGUCGGCAUCCUUCCCCUUUGUCGUUUUAGCGCCCAGUAUAUCAGGCAAAGAGCUACAUGGGAGCAAUCCAAUGCUAUUGCUUGCUAUUCUCACAGUUGCCUCGUGGAGAGAUCAUCAGCGACAGAUGUUACUUGAUAAAAUAUACCGCAGCGAACUCGCAGACCGGACCCUACUCCACCCGCGAAGGACGUUAGGCUUGGUCCAAAGCGUGCUAGUGUACCUUUCGUGGAUUGCGGCAGGGCUCCAGAAGCCGAACUUACUGAAGCACACACCUCAUAUGACAGAGUGGGCCCAAAACUUGAGGCGUGACCUGGAGUACGAGUCUGAUGAGACUAUCAGUCAUCUAAUUUCUCUGCGACAGAUUGACGAUCAAGUGCAAGACACGUUGUUCACUGGGAGUGCUGCAGGACUGCCACUAACUGAUGCACGAACUCUCAUGCACGUGCGGUUCAUGGAAGCGCAACUCAAUGCAUGGAAGCGGGAAAGCUGCAAUUCUGGGUCUAAGCGCUGUAUUGUUGCUCUUCGUACUCAGUUGAUGUUGGAUCAGAGACCGACGAUCGACUCAACUCGACUCAAGGGCUUACUUUCCGCACUUGAGGCCGGAAAACGAUUUUUGGACACUCUUCUGUCGUUUCCCGCCUAUGAGUAUCAUAUUGUCUCAUUCUCUGAGUGGAUGAGGCUGCCGACAGUUAUCAUGACAGUGGCCCGACUUUGCAUGCCCACUGACAUACAUGUUGCUACUGGCUGGGACUUCAAGGCUGCCCAGGACCGGGUACGCCUAGACUUGUGCCUUGAGUCACUAUGCUACAGAAUGCAGGGCCUUUCUACCUACGACAAACAGAAACAGUCGCAUCCUGACUUCUGGAUCGCUAUGCGGUUUAUAAUGGAUCUGACAAGAACCUGGUAUAUUCGAAAGAUAAAGCCCAACAUGCAAGCCGAUACGUCCUCUCAGCCUACGCCAAAUGAAACGGUGGGGCAAACAACAAGCGACAUCUCGGGUCCCAGCUCGGGCGCUCAUUCAACGCCUUCCAUUCAUCGAGCCGGCGAACGUUACAAUACGUUGGCGGGUAUAAAUCAUAUGGGAGACAUCAACAUGGACAUAGACAUGGGCAUGGAGGACGAUGCUGGCCCUUUUGCUUUCAUGAAAGAUUCGGAUUUCGAUAUGGAACAGUUCUUUGACAUGGGUAUCUGGAGUGACGAGAGCUACAUCGGCAUGGACGAUACUCAAUAUUCAAACAUUGUACGGAUUCAAACAUUGCUUCAUAAAGUUGCACUAUCAUUGAGUAUGAAGAGUCGGAUUCCAUGUCCCAUAAAACCUCUGAACUCCACGAAACCACCACAACCACAAACAGAAACGACACCUCAAGAUGGCGAUGUUGUGCAGCAGUACCCUCGGGGUAUUCGACUCGUUCUAAUUACCGUCGGCUUGAUACUCAGUAUAUUCAUCGCAGCUCUGGACACCGCUAUUCUCGCAACAGCAAUCCCUAGCAUAACCAGCCAAUUCGGUAGCAUCAGCAACAUCGCCUGGUACGGAUCGGGCUACAGCAUAACAAAUGCCACUUUCCAGUCACCCUGGGGAAAGGCGUACCACUACUUUUCGCUGAAAAAGACGUUUUUACUUGCGAUCCUUGUCUUUGAGAUAGGCAACGUGAUUUGCGCCUUAGCGCCUUCUAGCGAGAUCUUGAUUUUUGGGAGGGUGAUUGCUGGUGUGGGCGGCGGAGGAAUUUUCACAGGCGCCUUUAUCAUUAUUGCUUUGACCGCUGGACCAGAGUAUCGAGCUGCCUACAUGGGUAUUCUUGGUGUGACGUUUGGAUGCUCAAGCGUUGUUGGGCCGUUGAUGGGUGGGGCGUUGACAGACGGGCCUGGCUGGCGCUGGUGUUUCUGGAUCAGCCUCCCGAUUGGCUUCACUGCAGCGUUGACUAUGUUUCUCUGCUUCAAAGAUCCUCUCACGCCCAAGAAAGCCACCCUUCGUGAAAAGAUUAUCCAUCUUGACCUCAACGGCGCGACUUUACUAUCCGGCUCCUUCUCUUGUUUUGUGCUAGCGAUGCAUUGGAUCGGUGUUAAUAGCUGGACGAGCGCACGCGUUCUAGGGAGCUUUGUCGGGUUUGCUGCUCUUCUUGCCUGCUUCGUCAUCAAUGAGUGGCUCAUGGGCAGCAAAGCCAUGGUACGAGCACACCUCUUCAAGAACAGACUUGUUCUCGCAAAUCUCUGCUACAUCUUCUUCUUAGCCGGCGCCUUCUUCCCACUGAUGUACACUUUACCGAUCCAGUUCCAAUCUGUCAACAAUAACACCGCAUCGCAAAGCGGCGUCCGACUGAUUCCUCUUGUCCUCGGCAUCUCGGUUUUCACUAUGGUCUCCAACGGCUUGCUUACAUUCUGGCGACACUAUAAACCCUUCCUCCUUGUAGGCGCCUUACUUGCCGCUGCCGGUAACACAAAGAUAUAUACCCUGGACGCUAAUACAUCAACGUCAGCCUGGAUCGGUUACGAGCUAAUAACAGCGAUCGGCGUCGGUCUCGCUCUCCAAAUCCCUUUGAUCGCCAAUCAAAACCUAGUCGCCACUGACGACCUCGGGGCUGCAACAUCCAUGUCCCUCUUCAUGGAGAACUGUGGCACAGCAUUAUUCAUUGCGUCUUGUGAAGCGGCGUUCACGAAUGGACUGCUAUCAAGUCUGGAGAACAAUUUACCAAAUGUUGAUGCGAGGGAUGUCAUUGAUGCUGGCGCGACGCAACUCAGGGGCCUCUUUUCAGGCAAGGAAUUAGAGCAGGUGCUGAGUAGUUAUUUGGAUGGCUUGUGGGGCGAUUGCGGGCGUGAUAUCGUUGUCGAAUGCGGGGCCAGCAAUGGUACGAGAGGUUAG